UUCGUGAAUGUCAUUCUCUUCCUCUGUCCAUGCACUUCAAUCUCAACUCUGCUCCACGGCUCGCCGGAGCCCAUUACUGGCAAAGAAGCUUCACGCAAAGAUCAUAAAAGCUGGUAUCAACCGACACGAACCCUUCCCCAAAACUCUUUUAGACGCAUACGGCAAAUGCGGUCUCAUCCAAGACGCACUUCAAGUGUUCGAUACAUUGCCCCGCCCAGACGUCGUUGCAUGGGCCUCCCUCCUCACCGCCUGCAACCUCUCCAACCUCCCUCACCGUUCUCUCUCCAUCUCACGCUCCAUUCUCAACACUGGGUUGUUCCCCGACCACUUCGUCUUCUCCUCCAUCGUCAAGGCUUGUGCUAACUUGGGUGCUCUUCAUGUGAAACAAGGGAAACAAGUGCAUGCUCGCUUCUUCCUCUCACCCUUCUCUCACGAUGACGUUGUCAAGUCAUCGUUGGUUGAUAUGUAUGCGAAAUUCGGGUUGUCCCAUUAUGGGCGUGCCGUUUUCGACUCCAUUUCUUCACCGAAUUCGAUUUCUUGGACUGCCAUGAUAUCUGGGUACGCGCGGAGUGGGAAAAAGUUUGAGGCUUUUCGACUGUUUCGUCAAACGCCGUAUAGGAACUUGUUUGCUUGGACUGCUCUGAUUUCUGGGAUGGUGCAGAGUGGGAAUGCGGUUGAUGCUUUCAACUUGUUUGUUGAAAUGCGGCGUGAAGGGAUUAGUGUAACAGACCCGUUAGUUCUUUCCAGUGUGGUUGGUGCUUGUGCUAAUUUAGCCGUUUUGGAGCUUGGGAAACAGAUGCAUGGUCUGGUUAUAACCCUUGGCUAUGAGUCUUGCUUGUUUAUUAGCAAUACCCUUGUAGAUAUGUAUGCCAAAUGCAGUGAUCUUGUUGCUGCAAAAUAUAUCUUCUCUGAAAUGUGCAGAAAGGAUGUAGUUUCUUGGACUUCAAUAAUUGUUGGCACUGCUCAGCAUGGGCAAGCUGAGGAGGCAUUGGCUUUGUACGAUGACAUGGUUUUGGCUGGAAUUAAGCCAAAUGAGGUGACCUUUGUUGGGUUGAUCUGUGCCUGCAGUCAUGCUGGUCUAGUUAGCAAGGGCCGUGCUGUGUUUAGGUCUAUGGUUGAAGAUCAUGGGAUUAGGCCAUCUCUGCAGCAUUAUACUUGUUUGCUGGAUCUUUUUAGUCGAUCAGGACACCUUGAUGAGGCAGAGAAUCUCAUUAGAACAAUGCCAGUGAAUCCGGAUAAUUCAACUUGGGUUGCUCUGCUGAGUGCUUGCAAGCAGCAUGGGAACACCCAGAUGGCAGUUAGGAUUGCUGAUCAUCUAUUAAAUUUAAAACCAGAAGAUCCUUCUUCUUGUAUUUUGUUAUCUAAUGUAUAUGCUGGGGCUGGUAUGUGGAAGAAUGUUUCGAAAGUGAGAAAGUUAAUGAUGGCCAUGGAAGUUAAAAAGGAACCUGGUUAUAGCUGCAUUGAAUUGGGAAAGGAAAGCUGUGUGUUUUAUGCUGGAGAGACUUUUCAUCCAAUGAAAGAUGAGAUCGUAGGAUUAAUGAGUAAGUUAGAUGCAGAGAUGAGAAAGAGGGGUUAUGUUCCUGAUACUAGCUCAGUUUUCCACGACAUGGAUCAACAAGAGAAAGAAAGACAACUUUUCUGGCAUAGUGAGAGGUUGGCUGUGGCUUAUGGGCUUCUUAAGGCUGUUCCAGGGACUAUUAUACGUAUAGUGAAAAAUCUUCGUGUUUGUGGAGAUUGUCAUACUGUUCUGAAGCUCAUCAGCACUAUAGCAAAUAGAGAAAUUUAUGUCCGAGAUAUCAAAAGAUAUCACCAUUUUAAGAAUGGAAAUUGUUCGUGCAAUGACUUCUGGUGACUUGGGAAUUCCGAUGGAAAUUUCCUCAAAUUCGAUGAUCAAUUGAGGUCCUUGCUACGAAGGAUGCUGUCGUGUCCCGGGCAGCUGCUUGUUGCUUAUGCCUCUGAACUUCAGCAAAGGUGAACGGGGCUUGUUUUUCAUUGUAUUCCAUUAUUUAUUCAACUUUUCUUUUUGAAUAGGGCAUCCAUUUUUUAUCUGUUUGCUGAGAUAUAUGAUCAACGUCUUGAAGUUGUUCAAGGGGGAGAAAAAUUUUGAACAUCAAAAUGUGACAAUGAAACAAAUUCUUUAAUUUUUGGGUAUACUUUUUGUGUGUAUGUGAAAAUAUUAAAAAAAAGGAUAAAAUUAGUUAUAUAUAAUAUUACCUACAGUGUCAAUUUUUAAUGUUUAAAUAAUAAAACUGUUAUUCUAAGUGAGCCAAAUGAAAAUGCCUAUUUUGUGAAACCAGCAAGAAACAUGGAUAGUGAUGCGAGCAUUAAGAAUAGAGAGGCGCGAUAAAAUUUUGAAUUUCUUAUUGAUAAAAGAUGUGACGGCCUUUGAAUUUGACUUGUCAUAUGUUUCUCGACUUUGUUUAUUGUCUUUGUCGCAUGCUAUUGAUAUUCAUAAUUAUAAUUUAUCAAGUUUUAUAUAUUCGUAUAUUUAAUUUUCAGUUAUGGCUUAAUAUUUGGUAAUGUUAUUGUAUGGAAAUUAUUUACGGUUAUAAAAUAAAAAUCGUAUAUGUUGGACUAAAGUUAUGGAAAGGAAAACGAGAUGAACUUUGUAACAUUAGAAAAUUGAAUUUGGGAGUGUUGUGUUGUAAGGCAUUGGAUUAUUUAUGAUGACGCCAAUCAGUUAAGACUAUUUUGAGAAACCAACUUCAAAUGUAAGUGAACAGCAUUUUCCAUUUUGUAAGAGAAUAUAAUAACAAAAGAAUUGGCAUAUUAACUUUUGACGAAGAAACAGUAUUUUCCACACCUUAAGAAGAAACAAGAAUAUGGUAAAUGGAAAAAGGAUUUCCUACUUUCAAUAUACAUUAAAUACGAUCUUGGGCCAUACCAUUGGCAUUGGGUUGUAAAUUUACUUGUAUAGAUUCUCUAUUUGGUCCCUGUAUUGAGCCACAACUCUAUCCCUUCGAAUUUUCAUGGUGGGUGUCAUUAGCCCAUUAUCAAUCUGUCAUUACACUAAAAAGAUUAAUCAAAUGAGUCUGUUAUGUAAAUAAUAUGAAGAUAGACAAUACUGUGAAGUUCAAUCUAACCGUGAAGGGGUCGUCUACGAGAAGGAUUGGCCCAAUUUGAAAUGGAGACUCUGAGGUCCUGCACAACAAAGACAGCAAGCGAAGGGGCAAAAGAAACCAGACAAGAGUUUAGGAAGGAAAACUAGUUAGAUAAAAUUGUUUUAAAAUAUUUUUCUCAAUAAAUAUAUAAAAAAGAAACAAAUAAGUCCUUGUUUCUUCCCUUUUUUGUUCGGAAAGAACAUAACUGCGUUUUUGCUUCUUAAAGAAUCUAGUUAUGGAAAGUCUAGGGUGAAGCAUUCCCAUCCUU